ACAUAUGUAUAUGUACACAUUUAUGUAUAUAUUCAUAUAUAUAUGUGUGUGUAUGUAUGUGUGUGUGAGAAUGUCUUUAUUAGGACAUGCAUGCGGAGAUGUUUGGGGGGUUAUCCACGACUUAUUUUCAAAUGGUUUAACACGGCAAAAGACAGCUGCAGUAUAGACAUAUACAUGUAUACAUAUAUAUGUGUGUGUAUAUAUAUAUAUAUAUGUGUGCGUGUGUGUGUNUAUAUAUAUAUAUAUGUGUGUGUAUAUAUA